ACCUGUCAGCAGCGCUAUUUUUUUCUCCUGAAUUUGCCACGACUUUAUAGCUUGUUUUUCUCUUUCGUUGGAAGAGAAAAUGACGGACGUGAUAAGCAGAUAAGAAAGUCUGGUCUGUUAUGGACGAAGUUUGGCACAGAUUCUCCCGUAUUUUGUGCCCCAGCCGGACUCACCGAAUGACAUUUCUUGCCACUAAGAGGAUGGAGUUGCUGCUCCAGCGAUGCCACAAAGAGGCAGUUUUAAACUCUUCAUUUCGGUCCUUUCUACUCUUUACAUGUUUGAUAUCAACAGAUGGGCUGUGACUGGGCCACUCCAGAAGACAAAUGUUCUUUUUUAAAGCGGCCCUAUUGUGUAUUUACUACUAAUUGUACAUAUGAAAGCAAUACAGUGCGAAAGGAGACCUGGUAGUGAGCAUGACAAGUGAUUGGAGGGCAACUGUAAACAGUAAAACAAAACGGUGUAAACGUAAACUGUUUUUGGUGAUGUUCGUGUCCCUAUACCCUGGGCUGUGGUCCAUCGGAGUCCAUCUUCAUACAGCCUUCACAGGCAGCUAUGUUCCAGGCCACCACUCUCUCCUUCUCAUCAACAGCCCGAAUGAGCAGGCAGCGAGGGACAUUGCCAGAUCUGUCAUGGAAAGACGUCUGGCGGCCAGUAUUAACAUUCUCCCCCGGACCGCCACAAUGUACUAUUGGAAAGGUGAAAUCCAGGAUGCAAGUGAAAUCUUACUGCUAGUGAAAACAAAGACCUCCAGGAUCCAGGAAGUCGUGGAUUAUGUGAGGUCUGUUCAUCCCUACGCAAACCCAGAAGUCCUCAGUUUCCCAGUGGAGAAUGGCAAUCUGGCAUACAUGAAGUGGAUGGAUGAAGCUAUUCCGGAUGACUGAGCCCUCAUUUAAAAAUCAGAGCCAAUCUCAGCAUGGAGCGCAGCCGAGCAGGAAGACUGAGCCAUGUCUGCACAUGUUUGUUGAAACUCCUGGAUCAAAGUUUGUUCAAAGUUAACAUGGCUCAUUUUAUUAGUCAACCAUCGUCACCAGAAAUUAGUUUUUUUUUUUAUAUAUAUUUUUAUCCCAGAUUUUUUCCUCACCCAGUGCUCCUACCUAAGUGACAGUCCUGGGCAUUGCCAUCCUCUACCAACCCCGGGAGGGUCCUGCACUGAGCCCAGGUCUCCUCCUUAACCUGAGGAGUGAGCAGGCCGCAUCUUUUCACCAGGCAGGGUGGGGCUUCUCCGGCCGGACGUAGCGCGUGGAAGGAUCACGUUAUUCCGGCUAGAUCCUCCCCACCCCAUCUGGCGCCCUGGUUGGCCAGAGGGGGCAUGUAUAGCCCAGGACUGUGUGCAUGUUUUUGUGAGGGUAGCUCACAUUAGCUACCCAAGGGAACACGGGGAGAACAUGCAAACUCCACACAGAAAGAUCCUUUCGCCAACCCCACCCAGGGUGUGGGCACCGAAGUCAUGGGGGAACUAACACGCACUUCAGCGCCCACAGCGUCCCCGACGGGAAUGGAACCCUUCUUGCUGUGAGACGGCUGCACUACCUGCUGCGCCACCGUGCCACCAGAAAUUCGUUUUUAAAGUAACAUUCAAUUACAGUGUACCACCUGUUUUGAAAAAAAAAAAUCUCAUACUGGGACAAGUGAAGUAAAGUGUUUAUACACUGUUAUUUCCCCUUAAGAAUUUUGAGGAUUAAUAAAGUUGAACUGAAUUUAACCAAAGUUUCAUGUGACCCAACACAUCACUUAACUUCAAAUAUUUUAAAUCAAAUAUUGUUCUAAUUAUUGGUGUAAGAUGAAAUGUUUGUUGGUAAGGAGAUAAAUAAAUGAUAU